UUCUCCUAUAUGUGUGAGGUCACACUAUUUAAACGGUGAAAACUUAUUUGCAUGAGGUGCAUGUGUAAUCAAACUGACAAAAUUAAAUUGCUUGGUUUAACAUAAAUACCGAGUUCAAAUAAAUAUUGGCGAGUAGCUAGGUUAUUUUUGGCUUGGUUGUAUUGAAGGGAAACUCACUAGGCUGGGAUGACAAACUAUGGCUCGACAAUAGUUCUGCUGAAGUUAAAAGAAAAGAAGGUUACAAAUUUGAUUCUCAAAGUAUUCUUUUGGUUGCGCAAAUUUUGAAAUAAAAAAAUAAGGUAAGAUCAAAAUCGUGUGAACUAACAGUUACUAAUUAGUUUUCCUUCAAAUGCUCUUUUAAUAUAUUCUUAUUAAUUCUUCCCACAAAAUUUUCAAGUUCUACCAAAAAGCUAGCUACCUGUUUUCCCAUUUAGCUGCAUAGAUAAAUAGCAUGGCCUAGGUCUUUGAAGUAGAGAAGAUUUAGAAGAAACAAGAAAUGGUAGAAUAUUGUGUAACAGGAGGUACAGGUUUUAUUGCGGCUUACCUUAUUAAGGCCCUACUACAAAAGGGUCAUAUUGUAAGAACCACUGUUCGUGAUCCAGAAAAUGUAGAAAAAGUGGGAUUCUUGUGGGAGCUAGAGGGUGCUAAAGAGAGGCUCAAGAUUAUGAAAGCUGAUCUUUUAGUUGAAGGUAGCUUUGACAAUGCUAUUCAGGGAGUUGAUGGAGUCUUUCAUACUGCUUCACCUGUAUCUGUCCCUUACGAUGACAAUGUUGAGAAAACACUGAUUGACCCAAGCGUAAAGGGUACUUUGAAUGUCCUGAAUUCAUGCAAAAAAGCAACCAAGUUGAAGAGGCUUGUGUUGACAUCAUCUUGCUCUUCAAUCAGAUACAGAGAUGAUGCCCAACAAGUUUCCCCUCUCAAUGAAUCCCACUGGAGUGACCUUCAAUAUUGCCAAAGAUACAAUCUAUGGUAUCCUUAUGCUAAGACUAUAGCAGAAAAAGAAGCGUGGAGAGUAGCUAAGGAAUGUGGUAUCGAUUUGGUGGUGGUAAAUCCAUCCUUCGUUUUGGGUCCUUUGCUUGCUCCUCAGCCCACCAGUACAUUGCUAAUCAUAUUGGCUAUAGUUAAAGGUUGUAUUUAUUGUCCAUACAAAGCAGGUGUGCUUGGAGAGUAUCCCAACAAAAGGUUGGGGUUUGUUCACAUUGAGGAUGUUGUGACAGCUCAUAUAUUAGUUAUGGAGGAGCAAAAAGCUUCAGGUAGAUACAUAUGUUCAAACUCAGUGCAACACAUGUCACAGAUCAUUGACAUGUUAAGGACUAAGUAUCCAUCUUAUCCUUUUGAGAACAAGUGUAGCAGCCAAGAAGGAGAAGACAUGCCACAUAGUAUGGAUACCAGCAAGAUAACUGAAUUGGGGCUCCCUCCUCUAAAGACUCUCACUCAAAUGUUUGAUGACUGCAUUAAGAGUUUCCAAAAAAAGGGAUUCCUAUGAGAAAUGUCUAAGUUGUCACCUCUAUAUAUGGCCUACAAGUUCUUUGUGCUUGGACAAAAAGGUUAAAGUAAAAAUUGAAAUGUUCCACUCCUUUACAAGAAAUAAAAGAGUUAUUAAUAUUCCUUUA